AUGACGAAAACCGGUGCCGCGCCCAAGUGCCUCGCUUGCGUUGUUGACCCGCGCAAGGGCAUCAACCAGCACCAAUGGCUCGUGAACAAGAUGGUGGCCGCUUGGAGGGACGCUGACCCGGACGCCGAGUACAAGGCUGUGGCCCAGGACGUCGCCAUCGCCUUCGAUCAAGAAUUCGAUCCCCAAAUCCUCAAACCUGUGUACAAGAAAGGCAAAUUUCAGGGUUACGAGACAGAAGAAGCGCGCGCAGAGCGGUGCGAUGGAAGGCCGGGGAGCAUUCUUCGGUGGGCUCAGAAUCAUAAGGACUGGAUCGACGCGCAGAGGAACAUGGCCCCUGCGCUACUUCGUUUCCAACCACAGCCUCCCGCGAAAGGCCGGCGGUCGCGCGCGUCGAGUGCGCGCGACUUAUAUGUUCGGGACCAUCCUGGCAUUGGCAAAGACGUUGUUGAUGCUCAAGGCAAGCUUGCCCCAGGUGACCGAAGGACGGCGUUGAAUGUGGCUAUCUCCGCCAUCAUCGAGGAGGUUAAAUUGACCCAGCCGGACGUAUGGCAACGGUAUGAAGAAGCCUCGGCAAGGGAGAAGGGUGCGCGUGCGUCUCGUGUGGCAGGCGCUGAGGAGAGUGAAGGGGACGAAGAAGGACAAGAGGAUGAGGAGGAAGAGGCACCUAUGGAGCAUGAUCUUCUCGCUCGGCUGCGCCUGAGCAUGCGCACCGCCAUUGAUUCAUGGGUUGAACAAACUGGCGCCGAGAUCUUUGUGUACAUGGGAAAAGUGCGAGACGACGGAACGUCUAACCGCAGUUUGAUGAGUGCCGGAAAACGAGGGCGCGACCACCUUGCCCAGCGGGUCGUCGCCCAGCCCCUCAUCAAGACGCUGGAUGACUACGUGCUCGACACGGGUGGUCUCACACCCCGUGCGGCCAACCCAUCCGCUCCUCGGCCAGCCACACAGGAGCGCGUUGUCGAGCCUCUUCCCGGUGCAGGCCCUGAUACUACCGGGGACCCGGAACAGAUUUCAGGCGGCCCUCAACCCGCGCGGAACGUUUCUCAAGCCUCACCAGAUGUCCCUGUGUCAUCGGAGAGAGUACUACGGGUGGAACACCCUGCAGACGGCAAUGAGGUGGGUCGGCCUGUACUCAAUAGUCACCCCCGAGAUCCUCAGCCCGAUCAGAGCUCAGGCAGAAUCCUGCUCUCGCAGGACGUACCUCAACAACCGCAGGGCGUAGCUCCAGCCCUGCGCGUCGUCGCACAGCGACAGCGGGACGUCGCCGUGCCGUCGGACGAGGCAAUCGUCCAGGUGGAAGAGCCCGCAGCUGGCAAUGCCGACACCGAAGAGGCCAUUCGUCAUCCGCCCGACGGUCGCCUUGAGGCGCCACGGCCAUCCGUAGAACAUUCACCGGCUGAAUGCGGUGUCGACGUUGAACAGGUCGAUGACAUCGCACGAGCUGCUGGCUCCGAGCCGCUGCCGCUGCAAGACGGGUCCAACGACGAACCAGCGAUGGUCAACGAGCGACCUGAGCUAAGCCUCGAUGUCGAACAACCCGAUGGCGUCCGGCGAGCCGUGCUCGCCGAGUCGGAACCGCUCCAAGGCGGAUUAAGUGACGAACCAGCGGCUGAGGACGACGGAAAGCGAAUCGAUCAGCAGGGUGAGAAGAUGGCAGACGAUCCCGUCCAGCCCGCGCAGGACGAUGCGCACGUACCUGGAUCCGCAACCCACUCGGACACUUCGCCUCCUAGUGACGACGAACCUCGAGCCCAGACCAAGGCUUCAAAGGGGGUCAGAAAGGGUGCGUCGCGUCGGGGACGAGGUCGCAAACCGAAAUCAAGUGGGAGUCGUGCCACUCUUGUGGCCCCGGAAGACGAGCGCCGCCCGCCAUCGCGUGGACAAAAGAGGCCAAGCCCCGAGGAAGCAGAAACACCGGAAGAGCCCUCGGGUCGUCCGAAGAGAGCGAAGAAACAGGAUUAUGCGUCGCUUCAUCGAAAGGCAAACGUGCGACAUUGUGUCUAG